ACACGGACGGAGCGCCAAGUGCUGGAACACAUCAGACAGUCGCCUUUCCUAGUAACUCUUCAUUAUGCCUUCCAGACAGACACAAAACUUCAUCUCAUUUUAGAUUAUAUUAAUGGUGGAGAACUAUUUACUCAUUUAUCUCAGCGGGAGAAAUUCACAGAGCGUGAGGUACGGAUAUAUAUCGGGGAAAUUGUACUGGCUCUUGAACACUUGCAUAAGCUGGGGAUAAUUUAUCGGGACAUAAAACUUGAGAACAUUCUUUUGGACUCCAGCGGUCACGUGGUAUUGACAGACUUUGGGCUCAGCAAGGAGUUCCUGUCUGAUGAGAAUGAAAGAGCGUACUCCUUUUGUGGGACUAUAGAAUACAUGGCGCCAGAGAUCGUCCGCGGAGGGGAAUCGGGACAUGAUAAG